AUGGGUAUAGUGGAUUUAAGAAAUAUCUCUCGUCCUAACUAUCUGGGUGUUGUGCUGGCAACUUGUCAAUUGACACUAACUUCAGAUUUCGUGGAAAAGGCCAUCAUAGUGAAUCAUCAAAAAUAUUAUGAAUCAUGUUGGGAGAAUGCUAGUGGGUGGUGUGAAGUCAAUGCUAUAUUUUCCACUCUAAACCUGAGGCUCUACCAUAACUGCACUAUUGUGUUAUUUUCUGGAAUAGGAGGCUCUCAUGUAGCUGCAAAAGCAGUUGCUGAAGUGGCCCCUUUGUUGGAAGUGGAUUGGGAUGAAAGAUUGCUUGUGCACAUUGGUUACAGUCCCUUGAGGUGGACAUGUGGAAAUUGCUCGUUGGCUUCAAAUAUUACAUCAGGCAAUUUACGACCUUGUGAUUUCAAAAUGGGUAAAAUUCUGAGUACUCGUCAGGCAUUCCGAUGCACAUAUGACUUUGAUUUGAGGUUGCCCAUAUACCAGGGUUCAAGUAGCAAAAGAUUAGUUGACAUUCUUCAUCAUGGCAUUUCAAUUCAUGCCAAAGAGCUUAAAGGUGCCAAAGCAUUGAUUGAUGGGAAAUUGGCAAAUGAGGAUGAGCAAUUUGAUUUAGGUGGUGUACAUGAUGUUGAAUUUCUCCUACCUUUCAUGGAAGAUAAGUAUUUGGAAGUAUACAGCCAAAAAGAGAUUACAGGUCUUCUAGUCUUCAGCGGCUCUGUCUGCUCCUAUGCUUACUCAAAUUCGAAGGAACCAUCUUCUCAAGCUUUGGCUGACAUAAAGGAAGACAUAAUUAAGAGUCUAAGAAGCAGGUUAGAUAUCAUGUGUGAUGAGGCAGACAGGAAAUCAGAUUCUAAAGAGGACAGAACUGAAGAGAGCAACAACCAGAUAUUAAGUGGGAGUGCAGUUCUGCAACUUGAUUUACAGUUACAGAGAAAACAUUGCAGUAUGUCAUUUCCUCGAAGAGUAUUUUUACCCUGGCUGGCUGAUACAUUCCUCUGUGACUAUAUACAACCAUCUGAAUCAGUUGAGGUUCUCGUGGAUCAUUUUGCCGAGCUCAUGUCUCUAGAGUUCCCAAGUAUUUCUUCAAAAAUCUUGGAGCCUGAAGCUGAAGCUGAAGCUCCUGCAUUGGUAUUAUCCACCACAAAAUCAUUUCGGGAGGUGUCAACCCCGUAUGCUUUACUACCUAAGUCAGACGAUUCACUCUCAAAUCAAAAUAGAGCUGCUACAAUCUUGAGAAGUGACCAGAAAUCGACAAACCCAGCUGGUUUUAACUUCAUGAUAGCUGUUUUAGUUCUUGUUGUAUCAGUUGUGGUAGGGUUUGUGGUAUUUUUUGUUAGGUCAUCAUCCUAGGGAACACGGAUGGUGCGAACAAAAGACAUGUUUAGAUCAAAUCUGAUGAUACUGUCUCGUGCAUUAACUAACUACUAAGGCUAUCAUUUACAAUUCUACACCGACUCCAAAUAAUUUAUUUCGGUGAUAAAUUCUACCAUA